AUGCCGUUACCAAAGUGCUGGCAGACCAUAUCGCUGCCUGAGCUGGCACCCUCACGUCGGGCGGCUGGUGGCACAGCUGCAGCGCCGGUGGCGGCUGUUUUUGUUCCCCCCUCUGUUUCCUCGCUGAAUUUUGAUGAGGAGGCCGCUGUGGACACAGACAGAAAGAUCGAGCGACACCGCUACGCCAAGCUGCUGCUGCACCAUGUGCCGCGUUACCAGCAAUUCACAUCGAUGGAUCUUUUUGCCGAAACCUUUCUGCGAGAUAUUGCACUUCAGGAUGGCGUCACCCCGCAGACACGAGCAGCAGCUGCAACGUGGGUAAUGAAGCUUAUGUGCAGCAGCUCUUCAAAAAAAAGGUUGAUGGAGCCCCUCGUGGACGCCCUUUUUCCCGCAAUAUACCGAGACUACGACGAGCAAAAGCUUGACCACGCACCCCCUUCGAUCCAAGCCCUCGUGAAUGACCGGACUCUUCUCCGCGACAACCCGUACUUCUCUCACUCCAUGUACGUGCAGGAUAUCGUGGCGAUUAAUGCAACCAUCGAGACUCUUUCACGAAAAAUUCAGCGCACAUUUCCAGCGAUCAUGCAGUGGAAAAGACUUGUGGUUAUACUCGCUGAAUAUGUGAGAAACACGAUCAAACGGAGGGCUUUUUCGGCAUGGCGGGAGUUAGCCAGGCGACGCCGUAUAGAAGAUUUGCUUCGACGCAAUGUCAUUAUUCGUCACGAGAAAAAUAUACGUUCUUCGCGGCUUCAGGCGGCCUUUUUUCGAUGGAAAACCGCGGUGGAGACUUCCCGCACGGAAUAUCUGACGGAGCGGUUGCACCAGGCGGCAUUUCAGUUAGAGAGCGCCAAAAAUCAGUUUCAGAUGCAGUGCUUCCGAUCUGACAAGUUGCAGCUCAGUCAUGAGCAGGGGCAAGUCGAAAUUCAGAAUCUCAUAGGAGAGCGUGAUGAGUUGUUGAGAAGCGUGGAGGAGCUUAAAGAGACGCUUGUCCUCAGAGAGAAAGAACACCAGGAUCGCAUGAAGAAUUGUGUUAGGGAAGUGGUGGCACUUGUGCAGCAGCAACGGUGCAUACUGCGGAGGGCGAUUGAUGCCCGUCUGUGCGUUGAGGAGAUUACGGCUGGCUGGCUUGAAGAGGCGAUAAGUGAGUUUAAGUCAAAGGCAGCGGAUGAGGAGGCGUUGCCGCCCGGCUACAAAUUUCUUCUGAAGUGGUGUAACCAAAUAUAUUUUAGGCAGAGGACUAAAAAGCCCCUGCGGGUUUCUAACUUUGCGGCGGACUUUGCAAACGGUGAGGCGUAUCUUCUUCUCCUGCAAUAUGUCUUUGCGGGGGAUCAGUUGGCCACAAUAAAGCCCCCACCGCCGCCGAUGUGGUUGUCGAAGGUUAACAAGACAGAAAGGUUGAAUCGGGUGUGUCAGUUUGCCGCAACCACCCCGCUUGCCAUCGCCUUGGAGCCGGUGGAUCUUUCCCAGAAGCGAGAGGACAAAAUUGCCGCAGCCGUCGCAGAGAUAUUUUUGUACCACAUCAGAGAAAAGCGAGUCAUGUACACAAACAGGGCUUUACAAAUUGUUAGUGAUGUGGCGUUGCGAUGUGAACCCGGCGCUAAUAAUUUUGCUGCUGCGAUAAACACCCCUAGUAGGACUGAAUCCGCGAGUGGUAAGGAUAAUGCUUCUGAUAGUGGCGGUGUGUUUGACGAUGGUUUUGGCGGCGGCGCGAGUUUUCAUGAUGAGGAAACGCUGCGACGACAAGUGAUGGAGUGGGGAUGCGAACUGGAGCAAUGGGAAGCGGAACUGCAGAGGAAUGUGGUGCAGGAAAACAAGUUGCAGCACUGUGGUGUGGCCAUCGCUCACGAUGCCGCCCAUAUGAUGCGGGAAAGAGGCAAAGGGCAGCCCGUGUAUGUUGUAACGUCAAGCACGGGCCUUAUAUUUACCAGCAUCAACGCAAAAAACAUGGAAGACCUUCGAACGAAGUUCAAAAUGCCAAAUCCGCAAGGAUGGAAGACGUUGGUUCGAGUGGCGCUCAAAAAUGUACUCUGGAAGCACGUGCGGCUCAUCGCAUCCCACUUUUACCACUUCGCCGGUGUUGAUGCUCGGAGGAUGAGCGAGGUGCAGUUUUGGCGCUUCGUCGAGGAAACCCAAGUGGCGGCUGAGCCAUUAGCUCCAUUGGUGGCUAUGCAAAUCUUUGACGCGGUCGUUUCUCCACAAAUUGCAUCGAUCUGGCGCGUCGCUGGGAAGGAUGAAAAGCGGGAGAAGAUGCUGGAAGCCGUGCAAGAGCAAAUUGAAAUACGCUUUCUGAAGCCCAACCAGUUUACUGAAAUACUCGUGCGCUUUGCGGUGGCACGGUACAAGGGUGGCAUCAUUGAGGCGACGGAGAAUUUUUUGUCGGAACUGCGGCUUCCUGUCAUGGAGCGUAUUUUGCCCGUAACGCUUCUUUUUUACGAGCCAGAGUCGCAGCGAGUCAUGAGUUAUUUUCAGCACGAUCUGGCUCGCGUGUUCUUUUUUUAUAUGAAUCAUCAGUUGAACGAGAGUCUGAAGGGGCGGUCUCAAAAAAUGCAAGGCUGCGGACGUUUCAUGGCACGUCUCUCUUAUACGACUUACAUAAAGAUGUUUGCAGACUGCGAUUUUAUUCUUCCGGAGCAGGAUGGCGAGUCCGGCAGCGUUGGCUACCAGCGAAAGACACGUUGUAUGUCUAUAGACGAGGUAUUGAAAAUGUUAGAGGACGUGCAAAGACGCAUUCCAUCGAUUUCUCCCGGAGAACUGUGCUUUUCACUCUUCUUGGAGACGUUUGGCGUGGCCUGCACGUACUGGUGGCCGGAUCCAGCUGUGCCGCUAUCACGCAAACUUGCCGCAUUCCUUUCUCGUCUUGUGGAGAAGUUACGCGCGGUGUUUGCGAGUGACGUGCUGAUUUUGGGCAACCCACCGUGCGUUUCUCUUGAGGGCGGCGCACAUGUGGAGUUACCCUAA